UCAUCCACGAGUUUGGGCAUAGUUGUAGCAAGUGAUUUGGCCAUUGAAACAGUUCAAAUUGCCUUCAAAGAUAUAAAAUAUAAAUAUUUUUGUAUUCCGUUUGGUGGCAAGUUUCUGUUAAUACCCCUGCUGCACCAUUUGUUUCACGAUUUUUUUAACUUUACCACACAUUCAUAAUUAACAAAUUACCGAUAAUUAUAGUUUAAGUAAUUGCAAAAAACAUGAAAUUAUUGCACAUGAAUUCUAGCAACUCUAUUUUGGACGAGUCCUUCGUUGAUGAAACCCAAUUAAAUGCGAACCAGCCUGCAAUUGUCAGAAGAUGCUUUGAUGAAACAACUUCCGACGAAGUGAUGGAGGUUAGGGAGGAAAGCAGAAAUGGGCAACAGAGACCCGAUAAUAAAGAGAUUCUGGAUGCCUUGGAAGUCAUAACCCUACGUUUGGCUACGAUCGAAACUAAUCAAGUUGUCCUGCAAAAAAACCAGGAAAUAAUUAGCCGCCAAGUCGAAGAACUUGUCGAGAAGAUGGUUAAUAAGUCGGAAAUGUUGGCAGAAAACAAAAUCCUGAGAGAGUGCAAAGUGACUUUGCAAAAGAUUGAACUGUCAAUUGGACGUAUGACUGGCGAGGUACGAGACCAAAUUUUAGAUGAGGUGGCGAGCAGUUUUCCAAUCAAUUCAAUUACUUCCGUCAGUGAUAUUGAGGACAAAAUUAUGAAUCGUCCGGAAUACGCUCAAGCAAUGAUAACGUACUUCCACAAAUUGAAAGGAGCAUCCGAAGACGUCUCUACGGUAUUGAAAUACAUUUUCACUGACGAACUAUUACUGAAUUUUAAUUGGGAUGGCAGGUGGGAGAAACAGGCUCUUUGCAAAUUAAAAUUAGUCGAGAUCUGUCUGCGAGAUGUUUUUAAAACACAGGCAUCGUAUGACUUUCAAAAGGCGGUGAAAAGGUCAAUCGAGCUUAGCCAUCACCGAUUGAAGCAGAAAAAGUACCAGCUUAAUAAAUCUAAGAAAUAAUAGAUUAAUUUAUGUAAUUUUAAGUUUACUUUUCCUCGUAUUAAUAAGUUCCACAUUUGAGUAAUAAUUUAUGAAGCGGCCCCC